UCUUCCAUCUCAGAACCAAAAUCCUAAUUCACUGUUUUUUUCUUCUUCUUUUCCCUCGACGUUUUGAUUUCUGCGGGUUAAUUCCCCCGCCGGGUUACUGAAAACUCUUUACUUCUACCGCAUUCCAGGAAUUGUUUUCCUUUUUUUUUUUUUUUUUGGAUUUUUAGGAGAUCGCUGAUUUCCCGAUCACUUGAUCUUUUGUUCCAAGUUUCGAGGGAAAAUAACAAAAAAAAUUUGAGAGAUGAACGCUCUAGCUGCGACGAGCAGGAACUUCCGCCAUGCAGCGAGAAUUCUGGGCUUGGAUUCGAAGAUCGAAAAGAGCCUUUUAAUCCCAUUUAGGGAGAUCAAGGUGGAGUGCACGAUACCAAAGGACGACGGAACUCUGAUGUCGUACAUUGGAUUUAGGGUUCAGCACGACAAUGCUCGUGGGCCCAUGAAAGGAGGGAUCAGAUAUCAUCCUGAGGUGGAUCCCGAUGAAGUGAACGCCUUAGCUCAGCUGAUGACAUGGAAGACGGCGGUAGCAGACAUUCCGUACGGAGGUGCAAAGGGUGGAAUCGGUUGCAGUCCCCGGGACCUGAGCAUGAGCGAGUUGGAGCGUCUGACCCGUGUCUUCACUCAGAAGAUACACGAUCUGAUCGGUAUUCACACCGAUGUUCCAGCUCCCGACAUGGGCACUAAUGCUCAGACUAUGGCUUGGAUUCUUGAUGAGUACUCCAAGUUCCAUGGCCACUCACCGGCUGUUGUCACUGGAAAGCCCAUUGAUCUUGGUGGGUCGCUCGGUAGAGAGGCAGCCACGGGGCGAGGUGUUGUCUUCGCCACGCAAGCUCUGCUUGCCGAGUAUGGGAAGUCGAUCAAUGGCUUGACGUUCGUUAUUCAGGGUUUCGGCAAUGUGGGAAGUUGGGCGGCAAGGUUGAUACACGAGAAGGGCGGAAAGGUGAUUGCCGUGAGUGAUAUAACAGGCGCUGUCAAGAACCCUGACGGUAUCGACAUUCAAGCACUGUUGAAACACAAAGAAACAACCGGCAGUCUCACCGACUUUGACGGCGGCGACGCCAUGGCUCUCGAUGAAUUGCUCGUCCAUGAGUGUGAUGUUCUCAUACCCUGCGCCCUUGGCGGUGUCCUCAACAGGGAAAAUGCAGGGGACGUGAAGGCUAAGUUCAUAGUGGAAGCGGCAAACCAUCCAACUGAUCCAGAAGCAGAUGAGAUACUGUCGAAGAAAGGGGUGGUGAUACUGCCGGACAUAUACGCGAACGCGGGGGGGGUGACGGUGAGCUACUUCGAGUGGGUGCAGAACAUACAAGGGUUCAUGUGGGAAGAGGAGAAGGUGAACAUCGAGCUGCAGAAGUACAUGACCAAGGCCUUCCACAACAUCAAGUCGAUGUGCCAUUCCCAUUCCUGCAACCUCCGCAUGGGCGCUUUCACUCUCGGCGUCAACCGCGUCGCCCGAGCCACCCUCCUCCGCGGCUGGGAAGCCUGAUAAUAAUAGCCAAGAACAAUGGACGAUACCCUUCUCUUUUCCCUUUUCUGAAUCUUUUUCCCCCCAACCCUUCAUAUUUUUAUGAGAUUAAAAAAAAAAGCAUUUGGUAUUCAAAAAAAAUAAAGAAAGAAUCUAGGAUUUGAUUGUUGAGAGAGGAAGAGCUUCUUUUUGCUGUGUUAAUGGCAGAUUUCCUUCCACUGUAUCCUAUAAAUCUAAUUUAUGGUUCAGUAACAGUUGACCAUUGUUGUGGA